CCCGCCGGCACCGAGCCGCUCGCGGUGUCGGCGCUGCCCGGCUGCCGCCGCCGCCGCCCGGCCCCGCCCGCGCCCCCGCCGGGACAUGGACUCCGACUCCUGCGCUUCGCCGUUUGCCCCGGAGGACUUCUCCCCCGGCUCCCGGCGGCACCGCACCGUGGAGGACUUCAAUAAGUUCUGCACCUUCGUCUUGGCCUACGCCGGCUACAUCCCGUACCCGCAGGAGGAAACGCCGCUGAGGAACAGCCCCAGCCCUCCCAACAGUACUGGAGGCACGAUUGACAGUGAUAGCUGGGAUCCCCGCUUCAAUGACACCCCCUCCUCUGUCUCCCUGCCCACCAAGAACAGAAAGAACUUUAGUCAGCUUAAGCGAACAAAACCGUAUGGUUCCCUGUUCCAGCGGGCAAAGACCAGCAACUUCCUGCCAGAGCGAAAGCAAAUCGAUAAGAUCAGGAAGAAGAAAAAGCUGAAAAGGAGGGAAACAGAGGUGUCUGCAGAGGAGGACUAUGAGGAGAAGCUGCUGGAUCUGGAGGCAGAGGACUCUUACACAGAGACGCCGAUGAGCCCCUCGUCAGAGGGUGACCCUCAGUCUGUGACUGAGCACUGCUCAGUGUGGGACUCUGACACCCCGUCCAGCGUCUCCUACCCUGCUGUGACGGCCGAGCAGACGGUGGAGAUCCAGAGCGUGGGCAAACGAACGGUCAUUCGGCAGGGCAAGCAGGUGGUCUUUCGGGAUGAGGAUGGCACUGGUGAUGAUGAGGACAUCAUGGUGGAUUCAGAUGAUGAUUCGUGGGACCUGGUCACUUGCUUCUGCAUGAAGCCUUUCGCUGGGCGGCCGAUGAUCGAGUGCAACGAGUGCCACACUUGGAUCCACCUUUCCUGCGCCAAAAUCCGCAAGUCGAAUGUCCCAGAGGUCUACAUCUGCCAGAAGUGCCGGGACUCCAAGUUUGACAUUCGCCGUUCGAACCGCUCCCGGACGGGCUCGCGCAGGCGCUUUCUGGACUAGGGGGGAGGCACGUGCUGGUGCGCUGCGCGGGUGGGUGAGCUGUGGGGCCCGGCCGGGAGGCCGGGGAGGGCUCCCCUGAACUGCUGCUGCUCAGGUGGGAGGGCUGCCCAGCCGGCCUGUGGCCUGGGAAUGAGGAAUCACCGAGCCACGGGCAGCCGGAGCUGGGAGCGGCCGACUGGGCAGAACUGGGCGAGAGACUGUCUCGAGGGACAGACGAAGCUCUCUGAGCUCAGUGGAGUUUUGUCUGGUUACGAUGACUGGGUGAUGUACUAUACCUUUGCCAAGUAGGUUUUCUCAUCCCGUUGGGAAACUGCAAAUCUUCUCUGUGCUAGAAAACUCCUCCUCCUCCCAAAGAAGGAGGGGAGGAGGAGGGAGUCUGUGUGAAGAGUCUGAAAAGUAAAUGGCCCUGUGUUUUAAAUUCAAUGUGAUAUUAUACCUGCCCAUUUGUCCGUAUAGAUCAAUCUUAGAUAUCCUAAGACUCCAUAGGAGUCAGCCUCAGUGCUGCUGGCCUCUGUGUGAUCUGCUGCUGCUUCCACAGGCCUGAGCAUAGGGGAGUUCUGUCAUUUGGCAUCAUCCAAGUGCAAAUGAGACUUGGGGCUCCCUCCUAUGUCAAGGGACAGCGCCCUGGGAGGAAGGGGCAACCCUUUUCUUGGACAGGCAGCUUGGGGGAUCAGUGGCAUCAGAUUCCUUCCUAGAAGGUCUCUUCUUACAGUGUUUUUUUUUUUUUUGUGAUUUAUUUGCAUGAACAGCUCAAAUGUGUGUAUGGGGGGAAACUGUUCCAUUUCCUGUCCCUUCAUUAACCUCUAUGGUGCUGUUUUAAGAAGAUGACUCUCCUUUUUCUCAGCCCAGAAUUCAAACAUGGGCUGUAAAAGGGGCCAAAGGAAAUGUAGAACCUGGCAGGUCUGGUUUGGAAUUUGAUCCUGUCCAUCCAAGAAUGACAGCUGAGUUGAUUUUUGCUUUUGCUGUUUAUUUUUUGAAACUGGACUGUAACCAAAAAGCCAGAAUCUUUAUUCUGUUGGUAGCAAUGACACAGAUCAAAUGCAGGCAAUGCAGCUACAGGAUGAAGUGCAAUGAGGAUCCGUCUGGUGUGGUGUGGACAGGAGAGCUCUGAGGCCCUGGCCAGCACUGCAGUCAGGACCUCCUGGGCCUUAGUCCAUGGGAAAUCCCUUCAGGACCACGAUGGCAAAUCACAGCUCAUACACAAGGCCAGGGAGAUGCUGGCAUUGUUCCUCAAUGACCAGACAGAUCCACAUGGAUCACACAAAUCGGGUUGAUGUUUUGAGGUGUUUCUCUGAAGUUAUGCCUGGAGAACAGCGUGUGCUCUGUCCAGGAAGAGGCUCAGAGAAGCGUUGGCUGGCACAGCAGCUGCAGCCACACCAGCAGGAGCACGACCCCAUGAGUUCUGCAGUCACACAGCAUUGGAGCACUGCCUUGUCUGAGGACUGGCUCACUGGGAGAUGCAUCCUGGUGAUGACUGAGGGUCUUGCCAGCACACAGAGUCAAGUGCCCUCCUUCAGACAUUGGCCCCAGGGCUGCCAAAACCUCAGGCAGCCCAGUACCACAGGGCCCUGGGGCUCCCCGGUGUGAGGCAGGGCGACAGAAAUGCACAACAUGCAGCUGUUCUCUCCUGGUUCUUGAUAAAAAUCUUGUUCCACCAAGCUGUAACCACUGACUGGGUUCAGAAAACCAGCAUCUGUGAAAUCUCUCAACCAUGACUGUACUGUGCUGCCUUCAGAAGCUAUGUGGAACCACCAAGGAGUUUGCCAAAGACUCGCUCCCAAUGGCUGCCUGACUGUCCUUUGCAGCCAGAAAAAUAACCAAAGUUCUCCAGUGCUGCCAUUUCCCCAGAAAUGCUUUGGAAGAUCCCGGCCACAACUGCACAAGAGUUGGACCUAGUCUGAAAUUCGUAUCUCUUGUGUUUACAGUGUGUCUGCAGUUCAACUGGGCCUCUGUGGACUGUGUUCCUGAAGCUUUUAUGGGAGAAAUGGUGCACUGUCAAGUGAACUGGCUCUUUUUCACAGAGGUUCAACACUAAUCAGUGUGACUGACUCUUGUUCUGUCCCUUUUUUGGAUUUAUCCCAGUGGAUGGUGUCCAGCACGUUACAAUAUCAGCAGAGAGAAAUAAAAAAGUAACAUCUCCAUUCUUUUAGUUCAUCACUUUCAGCCAUGUAUAAUUAUAGUUUAAUUCAGAACUUUAUUUUUUCAUUAAAACUUCUAAUGAACCAUGUUUUUUUCUUACACGUGAGACAAAUGAACAAUGAGUUUGUUAUAUUCCAAA